UAACGCCACCGGACCCCGUCGCCGCUCGUUAAAAGAGCCGCAGGCGGGUUUCUGAGGAGGCUGCUGGGUCGGUGGGACCCUCGAGAUCCGUCGCAAUUGUUUCAGCGCAAAACUUUCGAUAUUGUCAUGAUGACGGGCGAGUGUGAAGCGCGACGGCUGCACUGCGCAUGCGCACUGGAGUCCGCCUGGCCAAUUUCUCAGUACUCGUGGGAGAAUUUGGUGUUUUUUAGAUUAGCUGUGUGCGGGUGUGAUGGAGUCGUCAGGCCCGAGCACAGCCGCUCCAGAGUUUGAUGUGUACGGGGCGAUGGACUGGAAGGACGGAGUGGGAACACUGCCUGGCAGCGAGCUCAAGUUCCGAGUGAAUGAGUUUGGGGUCCUGGAGGUCAUAACGGAUGAGAUGGAGGAGGAGAGGGGCAAGAAAGCUCAUGCCACCACCACAUGGAGCGUCCCCACUGCACAAGAGGCUCUCUCCGAGGGGCCGGUCUCAAAGGAGGAGACGGCGUGGGCCCAGCGAGGCCUGGUGUGUGUGCGCUGUAACAGGAAGGGCUCGGUGGUGGACUUCCUGUCUAACGGGCUCCACUGCAGCGAGCGCUGUCUCCAGCAGGAGCAGCAAGAAGAGCUGAAGAGAGAAGGCUCCAGAACAAACGGAGAGGUGCUGGGGAGGAAGAGAUCCCGUCUGACCGAGAGACUCGCUGAAGACAUGGACAGCUCCAUGGAGAUCCCCGAGGAGGACGAUGAAGACUACGAAGAGAAAGAAAGCAGGCGACCGGCACGUGGGGCGACGAGAGGCCGCAGGAAACGCAGAGGAGACGCAGCGCUGCUCAGAUACACGGUUCCCUACGGAGGCAAGAAGAAGGCGUGGUGUUGGGCCUCGUACCUGGAGCAGGAGAGAGCCAUCGCUGCACCCAGUAAACUCUUCAAAGAGUAUCAGUCAUUUCCGCAGUGUAAGAAUGGCUUCAGGGUUGGGAUGAGACUGGAGGGCAUCGACUCUGAACACCCGUCCAUGUACUGCGUCCUCACCAUCGCAGAGGUGCUAGGACAUCGAAUCAGACUGCAUUUUGAUAAGUAUUCAGACUGCUAUGACUUCUGGGUAAAUUCCAACUCCCCUGACAUUCACCCAGUGGGAUGGUGCGAGAAAACUGGACACAAGUUGCACCCACCGAAAGGUAUGAAGGAUGAAGAGUUCAGCUGGUCCUCCUACAUCAAGCUAAAUAAAAUACAGACAGCACCCAAAGCCCUGUUCCAGAACCAGAACAUGACGGUGACGCCGUCGGGGUUUAGGGUCGGUAUGAAGCUGGAGGCCAUCGAUAAGAAGAAUCCCUCGUUCAUCUGUGUGGCCACGAUCACAGACAUGGUGGACAGCCGAUUCCUGGUGCACUUUGACUGCUGGGAUGAGAGUUAUGACUACUGGUGUGAUGCAACAAGUCCUUACAUCCAUCCGGUGGGCUGGUGUCAAGAGAACGGCAGGACCCUCACCACCCCUCCAGGAUACCCUGAUGUGAAGAACUUCUCCUGGGAGAAAUACUUGGCAGAGACCAACUCAUUACCAGCUCCUGCUCGAGCCUUCAAAGUGAAACCUCCUCACAGUUUCCAGCUCAAUAUGAAGUUGGAGGUGGUCGACAAGAGGAAUCCUGCUCUGAUCCGAGUGGCCACAGUGGUUCAUACGGAUGACCAUCGACUGCGGAUCCAUUUUGAUGGCUGGACAGAUGAAUAUGAUUACUGGAUCGAUGCAGACAGCCCAGAUAUUCAUCCCGCCGGGUGGUGCGCCAAAACCGGACACCCCCUGCAGCCACCCAUCACUCCUCAGGACAUGUUCGAGACGUCCGAGCAGGGCGGCUGUCCCACACCAGGCUGUAAGGGAGUGGGUCACAUCAAAGGAGCCCGCUACUCUGGACACCACAGUGCUGUGGGUUGCCCGUAUUCUGAUAUCAACCUUAACAAGGACUCGGUUCUGCCGGAUCGCUUGAGCGGAGAGAUGCCGGGAAGCGGAGUGGGUCGACCACGCAGAGCAGAACCAAGCGCAGAGAUUUCAGCUGACGCUAAUGACGAACCCGUCACCUCUGCCCCAUCACACCCCGAGAAACCCAGCACGGCAAGCGCUGCCAUGGAAACGCCACCAAAGAAGCCCGUCGGCACGGAGACCAAGCGAAGGGUUGGUCGACCCUGUAAAGUUCGGAAGGUGGAGGAGCUGCCACAGGAAGAGGAAGUGGAGAGUGAGGUGUCAUCAGUCACCGAAACCAAAGAGCUGACUCUACAGCAGGCUUUGCACCAGUCUGUGUUCAUGCCGUGUUCUAGCCCAUCUCCCAGCAUGCCUCACUGCUGGGAUCAGCACAGCAAGCUCCUUCCAACAGUGGCAGGCAUCACGGCCAGUAAAGUGGCAGCGUGGAGCGUGGAUGAGGUACACAGAGCUCCUGUGUGCAUCUGCAUUUCCCACUCGCUAUUCAGAUUCAGGACAAUUAUGCUUUGUUUAUUUAAUGUGAUCGAGUUUAUCCAAGGACUUCCAGGCUGCAAGGAGCAAGUGCGCACCUUCAGAGAGGAGCAAAUUGAUGGCGAGGCCUUCCUGUUAUUGACUCAGGUGGACCUGGUGAAGAUCCUCAGCAUUAAACUGGGCCCGGCUCUCAAAAUAUACAACUCCAUAUUAAUGUUUAAAACCACGGAAAAGUCUGCCUGCAAUGAACUCUGACCAGACAGACCGACAGCCAAGGGAGUUCACAACUGCUUCAGUCAAAGGGCUCAUCAUGAAGAUUCAUACAGUACACACCACACUAUUAUACAUGACCAACACGAUGUAGAUAAUGUCUGAAUGAGCAGGUUAAACACAUAUAACGACAUUCAUAAUUCUGACAUUCAGAGUCCCUGCGCUGUCAGUAAUAAUCAUAUUUUUACGCACUUAUUAACUCACUUGAUGAUUUCAUGUAGUUGGCUUACAUCAUAGUGUUGGUGAGAAUGUACAUUUUACUGAGGGGUUAUGGGAGCUAAAUUCAGGUGCUAAACGAAUGCAACUACAUGCACUGAAGAGCCGCUCAAUAUCUGCUUUUGACUCUCGUUGUUUCCGUUACAACUCCUUUAAUUUAUAGCUAUAGAUAAUUAAAGUUUUUGGAAAGGGUUCUGGGUGGAGGACUAGCAGAAUGGAGUUGAAUAUCAGAGCAUUAGAUAAACAUACAGAUCCUCUUAGAUUUUUUGUUAUGCCAUAUUAAUGCAUCAUGCCACAGCCCUUCAUUACGGUUACAGUAGCGGUUAGGGUAGCGCUCUUACUUUAUUUGUUUUGAUACAAUGGAUGUAGAAAUGGAGAACGGAGAGUAAAACUACACUCAAGGCACGAAUAAUAAUUGUGAGAGCCAUAUUGGUAUUUUGUAACAGAAUGUAACUUAAUAUUAAGAAUGCCUUCAUGUGCACAGUGUAAAAAGAAAAGUGUCAUUUUUCAUUAAUGUACAGACGGGAGUAUUGAUAUUAUUUCUGUUGCUUAGGUGUGCAGCAUUAAAAAUACAUGAACUUUCCAUCUAUUUAAGUUUAAUACUUUGACUAUUUAAAAAAACAAUGUGCUGAAGACUUCAUUGUGGACAUGUAUGUUGACAAACGUAGUUUGUGUUGAAAUAUUGAUUUUACUCACAUUUUAAAAUAAAUAAACUCACUGCACUCUGCUGUAUGAUUUCCCAUAUUCAAAACUCAUUUAUCAUGUCAAUUUUCUUCAUGCCAAGAGAGCAUAUAAUGAACUGUUUGGGGAUUUAAAAUUUUGAUAUAAAAUGUGUAAAUAAGCAAUGGUUUAGAGUGUAAGUGCAGAAACCAGUGGAUGACUAAACUUCACUGUAAUUCAUUUGUGAAUAAACUAUCUGAUUGAA